AUGCGAAGGGUGACUCCGCACUUGCUGUUUUUCGAGCUGGAGGCUCGCGGGAUUCCCGCGGACUGGGUGUCUGUACACCUGAAGCGCUCGGGGUUUUUGAAAAGCCGCAAAAGUUAUUUGGCACUUUUAUUUCAGCAGCAAAAACAUUUGCUGCCUUGGGAAGCAGAAGCAGUUUUGGAAGAACGCAAACCCUUCGAAGGAUCUCUUGCUGCUCUUGCUGCUCUAAGGAGACAGCUGGCUUUGGCCCGCGUCGAGUCUCCUUUCGAGCCCGCAGCAGCAGCAGCAGCAGCAGCAGCAGCAGCAGCAGCAGCGGCGGCAGCGGGGGGGGAGAGCAGCAGCAGCAGCGCCGGGGACUGCAGCAAGGCAGACGCUGCUGCUGCAGCAGCAGACACAAAAAAGAAAGCCGCGAAAAGCAAACACAGCAGCAGCAGCAGCAGCAGCAGCAGCACUAUCUCCCUUGCUGCAGCGCAGCAAGCCAUGCAGCACCCCAGCCAGGCCGUGCGAAAGCGAGCGUUGGAAGUCAUUGACAAAGCCAUUAGAGAGCAGCGGCUAGACGUGCUCGCUGCUGUUUCUUUUAAUGCUGUUGCUGGGGCCUGGGCCAUAGACAACAAGCAGCGCAAGUACCCACAGGCGUUUGCUGCUGCGCUGCCGCCGUGCGAGCAGCAGCUGCUGCUGCUGCUGCAGCAGCAGCAAAUCGACGCAGCAGCCAAACCCCACAAAAGACCCGGCAACUUCACAAGACCCUCCAGUCCCUUUAAAGGCCCUUUUGUCUUUUUGUCUUUUCAAGGAUCUCCUGCAGAUGUCCGCGCCCUCGCCAGAGAAACAACCUACGCGUGUUUGCUGGCCCUGCGCAAACCCUUGGGGCCCCUCGCGUGGGCCCCCCCGAGGGCCCUGGGCGCAGCGGCGAGCCACUUGGGGGAGCAUUUGGUGAACUUGGCUUUGCGGGCGGGGGCCCCGGGGGCCCCCCAGCGCCUUUCGCAGGAGCUUGUUCAUGAGGCGCGGCAAGAAGGUUUGCUGUUUCCCGAUCAAAUUGAGCAGCUCUGGCUACAGGCGACGCAGGAAAUGUUUGGGCCCCCGGGAACAGUCUUUGACUCUUAUGGGCCCAUUGGCCGCACGUGGGCCCUCGUGCAGCAUUUCCAUGCAGAGCCCUUCAGCGUUUAUUUGUAUGCCUUGGGGCCCCUCCUCGCAGAGCUCAUGGCCUCCAGGCUGGCGGGGGCCCCCGGGGGGCCCCCAGGGGGCCCCCUUGGGGGGCCCCUGGGGGGCCCCCUGGGGGGCGGGGGGCCCCCUGUGGGGGGCGAUCCCGGGGUGGCCCCGGGGGGGGCCACAAGGGGGGCCCUCGGGGGGACCCCCGGGGGGGGCCCCGCAGGGGCCCCCCUGGGCAGGGGCCCCAAGGGGGGCCCCAGGGAGGCGAACAGGGGGCCCUUCAGGGGAAGCGGGGCACAGGGGGGCCCCCCAGGGGCCCCCGGGGGGGCCCCCGGGGGGGCCCCCGGGGCCCUCACGGAGCUGUUCUUGAUUUUGGCUGAGUUCGGGGGGAAGGCAGAAGGAGGGGCCCUGGACGUUUACGGAAGACAGCAGCAGCAGCAGCAGCAGCAGCAGCAGCGGCUGCAGCGCGGGCUGCUGCUGCAGCGCGAGGCCCCCUUCCGCGCAGUGGAGACGGCGUACGAGGGAGACGGGGAGGAGUCUGGAGACGACCCCACAGACGAUCCCGGAGACGAUCCCGGAGACGAUCCCAGGCCCCUGGAAGAGCAGCCGCUGCUGUUUUCGCAACUUUUCGAAAGUCUUAAAUUAAAUCCCCAAGAUGUCAGUGUUUGGCAAGAGGCCCUGAAGAGACACUUAGUCAAGAGACUGCUGGAGGAGGGGGCGGAUCCCUCAGCGCUCAACAAGAAGGGCAGUGAGACAGAGCAGCAGCAGCAGCAGCUGCAGCAGCAGCAGCAGCAGCAGCAGCAAUAG